AUGGCUGAUCAACAGGAACCUGAUGUUGAUUCUAUCGUUGAUAGAUUACUAGAAGUUAGAGGCUCAAGGCCUGGCAAGCAAGUCAAUUUGGCUGAAGAGGAAAUCAGAUAUCUUUGUACAAAAGCAAGGGAAAUCUUUAUUCAACAGCCAAUUUUACUAGAACUAGAAGCUCCAAUUAAAAUUUGUGGUGACAUCCAUGGCCAGUAUUACGAUCUCUUGCGGCUAUUUGAAUAUGGUGGCUUCCCUCCGGAAGCAAACUACUUGUUCCUUGGUGAUUACGUCGACAGAGGCAAACAGUCUCUAGAAACAAUCUGUCUUUUGCUCGCCUACAAAAUCAAAUACCCUGAAAACUUCUUUAUCCUCAGAGGUAACCACGAAUGUGCUUCAAUCAACAGAAUUUACGGUUUUUACGAUGAAUGUAAAAGAAGAUACAACAUUAAACUUUGGAAAACCUUUACCGAUUGCUUCAAUUGUUUGCCCAUAGCCGCAAUCAUAGACGAAAAAAUCUUCACCAUGCAUGGUGGUCUAUCCCCAGAUUUGAACUCAAUGGAACAAAUUAGAAGAGUUAUGAGACCAACUGAUAUUCCUGAUGUAGGUCUUUUAUGUGAUUUAUUAUGGUCUGAUCCCGAUAAAGAUAUCUCUGGCUGGAGCGAAAAUGAUAGAGGUGUUUCCUUCACUUUUGGCCCAGAUGUUGUAUCAAGAUUCCUACAAAGACAAGACAUGGACUUGAUUUGCAGAGCCCAUCAAGUCGUUGAAGAUGGUUACGAAUUCUUUGCCAAAAGACAAUUGGUCACUCUAUUCAGUGCUCCCAAUUAUUGUGGCGAAUUUGAUAACGCCGGUGCAAUGAUGUCUGUUGAUGAAAGUCUUUUAUGCUCUUUUCAAAUCUUAAAACCUGCUGAAAAGAAACCCCAAUAUACUUAUAACAAAAUGACUGACUCAAAUAGAUCUUUCACUCCUCCAAGAAAAAAUAAAAAAGGUAUGAAAUAA